GAGGGCGUAAGCCCCGACACUACCUCUCAAUUAUAUAUUAUAAAAAAGGAAAGAUGAGUUGUGGGUCAGUACAACACUAGCUGUGCUGUGUUGAGGCAAUUCCAUGUGCCCGCCCACAUGCAGCUGCUGAUCGAGAAUACUUCUCCCCCCUCCUCCAUUCAUACGCAUCCCCCAAUUAACAUUUUUAUUUAUUUAUAUUGUUGUUGGUAAAUCUGGAAAUUUGAGAAUGGAGAAAAGCAGCGAUGGAUUUGUGAGGGCUGAUCAGAUUGAUUUGAAGAGUCUGGACGAGCAGCUUGAGAGGCAUCUCAAUCGAGCUCUGACUAUGGAGAAUAACAAGAAGAGACUGACGCAGGACGAUUCCAAUCUCCUCCACCAGGCCGCAGUCUCCGCCCCUGCCAGGCUCAGGUUUGAUUGGGAGAUUGACACUACUAAGCUCAUCAUCAAAACUGUCCUUGCCCGUGGAACCUUCGGCACUGUCCACCGUGGCAUUUACGACGCUCAAGAUGUCGCCGUUAAACUGCUAGACUGGGGAGAGGAGGGACACCGGACGGAGGCUGAAAUAGCUUCUUUGAGGGCGGCUUUUACUCAAGAAGUUGCAGUAUGGCAUAAGCUUGACCAUCCUAACGUCACUAAGUUUAUAGGGGCAACCAUGGGCUCUUCAGGGUUAAAUAUACAGACAGAAACUGGUCUGAUUGGCAUGCCCAGUAACAUCUGCUGUGUUGUUGUUGAAUACCUUCCAGGCGGUGCCUUAAAAUCUUACCUUAUAAAGAACAGAAGAAAGAAACUGGCAUUCAAAGUUGUAGUACAGAUAGCCCUUGACCUUGCCAGAGGGUUAAGCUAUCUUCAUUCCCAAAAGAUAGUACACCGAGAUGUAAAGACAGAAAACAUGCUAUUGGACAAGACACGGACGGUAAAAAUAGCAGAUUUCGGGGUUGCUCGUGUUGAAGCCUCUAAUCCAAAUGAUAUGACCGGAGAGACCGGGACCCUUGGUUACAUGGCCCCUGAGGUGCUCAAUGGAAACCCAUAUAAUAGAAAAUGCGAUGUAUAUAGUUUUGGCAUUUGUUUAUGGGAGAUCUAUUGCUGUGACAUGCCAUAUCCUGAUCUGAGUUUCUCAGAAGUUACUUCCGCCGUGGUUCGUCAGAAUCUGAGGCCAGAAAUACCAAGGUGCUGCCCGAAUUCCCUUGGGAAUGUAAUGAAACGUUGUUGGGAUGCAAACCCAGACAGGCGGCCUGAGAUGGACGAAGUCGUGUCCAUGCUGGAGGCUAUUGACACCUCAAAAGGAGGGGGUAUGAUCCCAGUUGAUCAACAACAAGGCUGUCUUUGUUUCCGGAAGUACCGGGGGCCUUAAACUCUAGUGGGGCCUUAUUACCACCAUUGAGCAAGUAAAUUAGGCUCUCACACUAUAUCUGCUGGCAGGCAGUUCACAAUUAGAACUGCUAUUCUAGUUGUGGAAGUUGUGUUAGUGGUGUAAUUAAAUCAUUCUCUUCUGUUCCAUUGCCAAGAACUCCUUAUUUUAUAUUCUGGGAAAUUUUCAAUUAUAUGCACUUAUUCGUAUUACCUUUUGGUGGUGUUGGAUUGGACGAAUCACCUUCAUAUAUAGAGAACGUUUCCAAUAGGGGUAGGCACAAAAUACCGUAAACGAUUAACCGGAUAAAAAACCGAAAAACCGGUGUAUUUUUCGGUUAACCGUAAUGGAUUUGUAAAAAGUCGCGGUAUGGUUAACCGAUAGUUAAGAACAAAUGGUUCAUGGUACGAUUAUGAUUUUAAAGUCAUGUUAAAUCGGUUAACCAAUAACUGAAAUAUCAAAUAAUACUAUGUAAGUACGUAUAUGUAUUGUAUCAUACGAUGUGAUUCUAAUUCCCUUUACUGCUGCGCUCAUAAUAAAGGGAAUACGUUCUAUGUAAUGGAGCAAUAUGAUGGAUUUAUGGUCAAGGAAAUAUUUUCCUUAUUUGUUACGUGUUACGGA